CAGAGUUCCGGUUCGAAUUUGUCCACCUGAAAUAAAAAUUGUGGAAGAAAGAUCAAACCUUUGACGACAGCAAGGAGAAGUUGAUAACCUAGAGAUAAAAACAAAACUAUGUUAGGAGAUAAUGUAGUCAACCACAUCAAAUUCCCCCAUCACGUCUGUGUUACCACCGUCUCUCUUCGUCGGUGAUUCACAUUCCGAUUUGCUCCACCCAUUCCUCAAAAACCCUACUUUUACUCUAGAUUUUGUCCCCGCCGCCGAGUGCCUAGUGCCUCCCGAUCUACUCCACAAUCCCUAAAUGGCUACGGAGGCUACAACCGUACCCAAAUUCCAGGAACCUGAUCUCCGGCAGGUUUCUCAGACACCGGAUUUUAAACCGGAAAUCGCUCAUGACGGUCUUAAGUUCUGGCAAUUCAUGAUUGCUGGUUCGAUUGCUGGCUCCGUCGAACACAUGGCGAUGUUUCCCGUCGAUACCGUGAAGACCCAUAUGCAAGCGCUCCGUCCAUGUCCGUUAAAACCCGUCGGAAUCCGGCAAGCUUUCCGUUCGAUUAUCCAAAAGGAAGGACCUUCAGCUCUGUAUCGAGGGAUUUGGGCUAUGGGUCUCGGCGCUGGACCUGCUCACGCCGUUUACUUCUCCUUUUACGAGGUAUCGAAGAAGUAUUUAUCCGCCGGGAAUCAGAACAAUUCCGUCGCGCAUGCUAUCUCAGGUGUAUUCGCUACUAUAUCAAGCGAUGCUGUUUUUACUCCCAUGGAUAUGGUGAAGCAGAGGUUGCAGAUGGGUGAAGGGACUUAUAAAGGCGUUUGGGAUUGUGUUAAGAGGGUUUUGCGUGAGGAAGGGAUUGGUGCGUUCUAUGCUUCUUAUAGGACGACGGUUCUGAUGAACGCGCCUUUUACGGCUGUUCACUUUGCGACGUAUGAGGCGGCUAAGAAGGGAUUGAUUGAGUUUUCGCCGGAAAGAGUUAGUGAUGAGGAAGGUUGGUUGGUUCAUGCCACUGCUGGAGCUGCUGCUGGUGGAUUGGCAGCUGCUGUGACCACGCCGCUUGAUGUUGUCAAGACGCAGUUGCAAUGUCAGGGUGUGUGUGGAUGCGACCGCUUCACUAGUGGUUCGAUUAGCCAUGUCCUGAGAACGAUAGUGAAAAAAGAUGGAUACAGAGGACUUCUAAGGGGAUGGCUCCCGAGAAUGCUCUUCCAUGCUCCUGCAGCAGCAAUCUGUUGGUCCACUUAUGAAGGAGUUAAAUCUUUCUUUCAAGACUUCAAUGGCGAUUCAAACACUGCCUGAAAAAAGACAAAGGGUUAGGCUAUUCACACUCUUGAGGAUCCUGCUUUUCUUAUUUGUUUGUAACAUAGCUCUCUCAGGUUUUCUAUGAAGUCAUUUUUAGAUUAUAUAUUUUCCAGGUUUGUGUUGAUGAUGCUGUCGUCGAGAAAUUUUGAUUAGAGUUGUACAAAACUAUGUUCCUUCCAAAUUUCUAAUAAAUAACUUAACGAGGCA